AGAACGGGAUAAUUUUGAAAUUUUCUUGGCACACACGCUUUUGGAAAAUUCUCUGAAUCUGAAUGGAGCUUCUCUUCCCUUCUACAAAAAUCUACCCCCGACCCGAUCCACCUUCUGUGCAAUUCAGUUCAAGAAUUCUUCCUUCCAACAAUGGGGACGAUAUACAGCUGCCGAGAGUGCUGCGCAAAUCUGAAUCUCCACGAAUCCACCCUCUUCCCGCCGGACUUCUACUUCGAGGCCGGCAACAAGAACACACUCUCCUUCUCCGCAAUCGAUUCCUCCAAAUUCAGGUUCGAGAAAGAAGACAAAAUCAGGCCCUUCUUCGAGACCCUUAAUUACUGGGGCAUCCAGAGGAAACGCACCAAGAUCAAGUGCAACACCUGCGGGAAGCUUGUGGGAUACAUUUACGACGACGGCCCGCCGUUGACCAAUGGCAUCGGGCAGUACGGGUUCGGGCCGAGCCAGGCCGUUCCUAGAAACCCUAGGUACAGAUUCAAGAUCAAGGCCCUGACUACUAACCCUCAGGCUUGAUUAUGAGUUUUUUUUUUUUUUUGGAGCUUUUUCGCAAUGUAGAUUUUAUUGUGUGCCUGUUGAUGAAAUUUGUGUUUACUUAUCUCUGAAUAGUUUCUGAUUGAAAUUUCUGUACACAAAGCAUAUAUGUGUGUGUGUCAUGACUGAAAUCUGUCCCUGCACUUCUAUCAGGGCAUGUUUCUUUCAUGUUUAUAAUAGGACCAAUUUGUACCAUUGUUUUAUAUUAGUUUGGUAGAGAUAAUCUAAAACAUUAGUCCAUCAACACUUGGUUUAUUUUUCUGUUUUUCAUCUCACUCUAGUAAAUUAAAGUGAAUAUGUGAUUAAGGGGUCGAUUUGGUGACUUAUUGUAAGCAUGGCAUGAAGUGCUUUGUGUUCGAACUUUUUGUGUAUUUGCAUUCCCAUUUAAUUUCAAGAACUCUCUAGAGUUGAUCUGGAACCAUUAUUUGUGCACCCUACCUUGCCCAUAUUUAUUUGAAUUUGGUUGAUUUAUUCCAAUCAACCAGAGUCACAGUUGGAAUAUAAAGGUAUUCUGAAACUAAAUAUUUUGUAAUUGUUCUUAAAGAAUUUGUCUUUGAGAUUUUGGAUUUAAAAACGUUCAUUGGAUUCACAACUUUUUUUACACAUGCAUUUAAAUAUGUUGCCUGCUCUAUGCGGGAAUGGAGUUUCUGAUUCGG